AUGAUGGUAUCUUCUCAACAGCCCAUCCGCGCAUCAAAGCGUAAGCGAGAGCAUGUCAAAUACUACGAGAGUAGCGAUGAACUAGAGCACGGAGAUAACGAUUAUUUCGUCGAGUCGGAAGACGAAGGUUACACGUCACGAAAGAAGCCCAAAGUGGACCAUGCAGGAGUCAAGGACCGUCUAGUGUCGAAAUCUCAGAUUUUCCCGUUUGCCAAACUACCACCAGAGCUUCGUAAUCGCAUCUACCAGUUGACGUUGACCGAUCCAGACGGAAUUGGUCUCAUUUCUACCGACAAGGCGUAUCGACGAACGGUCAAGCGGGCCGUAAUUGGACGAGACGAGAGUGGAAACGGCAUAAGACGCGCAAAAGGUGGUAGGACUUGGUUUUGGGGUAGAACCAGGCCUGAACCAGCCCGUUACGCUGCACCAGAGAAUCAUAUCCUACCUAACAUGCUACUUCUGAACAAAGCCACUUAUGAGGAAGCCCGAGCAAUACUGUAUGGUGGAAACGUAUUUUCUGUGGAAGACACCAUGGCCUUACAUGGCUUCCUUGCCAUUGUCGGAGCAGAGAAUCGAGCUCUCAUCUCCGAGGUGGAAAUCUGCGGCUGGGGCUGGAGCGCUGCCACCAAGGCAAUGAAUCAUCCCGCCUUCACCAUCCUAAGCCAGGCGACCAACUUACGACGACUGCGAAUUUCCUGUAUGGUAAGAGAAAAUGGGAAGUACUACAGUGCAAAAGACGUAGCUAGGAGUAUCUAUCGUGAUGCCUUCCUCUGGAUUGAAGCUGUAGGCAGGGCUCAGGGACAGAAAGAUGCGGCCCUCAAACUUAUAGACAUCGACGACGUCAAUCAUGGCAGUUCGCCCCUUGACCAAUGGCGCAAAGACUUCGAGAAUUCUUUGAGGAAUUAUCUAUAA